CGGUCAGCCUACAAGCGAUCUUCCUAUAAAAGCGCGGGGCUCCGCUAAUCUUACACUUGUGACUGCCAGUGUGACUUAAGUCUCGCCACUAGGGGUCUUAGUUGCCCUGUUUGCACUCGAGUUUCGAGGGUGGACACCAGAUAUCAUGAACUCUACGUCUGCCACCCUGCUGUCAUGUUCUGAAUCUUUGUGACUCUCCAAGCAGGGUGGGGACAUAGAAGAUCUUUAAAUCAGCCUCAGGUCGUUUCCCUCCCAUCCAAGUCUGGAGUAUGAACUCCGCUGGAGGAAGGAGCCAGGAGGCAGCAGGGCCCAAGAAUAGAAGGGCUCCCAGGCCUCCGGAGCAGCAUGUCACUCUGCUCAGGGUGGGCAACAGAACAGGAUCAAUUAUGGAGACCUAAGCCACUCCUGGGUUCUUUGCAGGACAGAGAUGUGAAGUUGUCUAAGGCUCUGUCCUAUGCUCUCCGUCACGGGGCCUUGAAGCUGGGGCUUCCCAUGGGAGCUGAUGGCUUUGUGCCCCUGCACGGCCUCCUGCAGCUGCCCCAGUUCCGCAGCUUCUCAAUUGAGGAUGUGCAGCGCGUGGUGGAUGCCAAUGAGAAGCAGCGGUUCACCCUGCGGCCAGGAGACCCCAGCACUGGCCUCCUCAUCCGAGCUAACCAGGGCCAUUCCCUGCAGGUGCCUGAUUUGGAGCUGAUGCCCCUGGAGACACUACAGGCCCUGCCCCAGGUGCUGGUCCAUGGUACAUUCUGGAAGCACUGGCCAUCCAUCCUGCUCAAGGGCCUGUCAUGCCAGGGAAGGACGCACAUUCACUUGGCCUCAGGACUGCCUGGGGAUCCUGGUGUCAUCAGUGGCAUGCGCCCAAACUGUGAAGUGGCCGUGUUCAUCAACGGACCCCUGGCCCUAGCAGAUGGGAUCUCCUUCUUCCGCUCUGCCAAUGGGGUGAUCCUGACUCCAGGGGAUGCUGAUGGCUUCCUGCUUCCCAAAUACUUCAAGGAGGCCCUACAGCUUCGGCCUGCCCGAAAACCUCUCUCCUUGGCUGGUGAGAAGGACGCAGAGUGUCUGAGUGGCCCCUGCACAGCCCCAGACGAAGGAUGAUCAAACAAUAAAAUAUUUAUUAAAAAAGUUUUUUAACAGUAAUGAGAAAAGAACUCCAG